UCACCAGAUGCGGUAGUAGGAAGUGGUGAAUGAGGAGAGAACCCGCUAGUGUACGAGCUGUUAAAUGGGACUCUAGGAAAUAUCUGUCAGGAUAAAUUGUCACCUUCAAACUUCAUUGUUAAGACGUAAGUCUUACUGGUUUGGAAAAACACUAGGUAAACAGAAAGAUGUCACCAGAUGAAUUAGUCUACCUAGGAAUCCUUGCUGCAUCCAUACCUGUAGGAUUCCUUUUCCGCUACCUAAGCCCUCCAGUCAAGCAGGGGGCUGCAUUGCUUACUGGUCUGAUCAUCACCAUAGCAACCUGUGGGAUCCACACUCUACACUCCCUUUGCACAGUAUUAGGAACAUGGCUAAUUAUAAAGAUUAACUGGAAGAGUGCCCCUUCUUUGUCUUUGGGAUGGACAUUUCUUUACCUCCUUUUUUUUCGUCUGGUUACCUGGUUUGGCCUCCCUCACCCAACACCAUUUGCCAAUGCCAUUCAGCUUCUUUUAACAUUAAAGAUGGUCAGUUUAGCCAAUGAGGUUCAAAGUUAUCACUUGGAGAAGAAACAGGAAGUGAGCGCCUUCACCAAGUCCCCAGUGGUUAGAGUACUUUCCCAUGAGCCCUCACUGUAUGACAUUAUAUCAUAUAGCUACUGCCAUGUGGGAAUAAUGACAGGUCCCUUCUUCCGUUAUCAGACAUAUGUAGACUGGUUGCAGCAGUCCAGUCCUCUGUCUCUGCCGGGUAAAGAGCCCUGCCUUCAGAGGGUGAAGAUGGUGCCUGUUUACGGAGCUCUCUACCUAGCUGUCAACUCUGUCUUUCCUUUGUCCUAUGUCCACACUGAAGAAUUCUUGGAGCACAACUAUUUUUACAGGUUUUUCUACAUGGUGGCAAUAUUCUUUGUAUUCCGGAUGCGUUUCUACUCAGCAUGGUGUGGCGCAGAGGCAGGCUGCAUCAGCGCAGGCCUAGGCUGUUACCCCCAGGGGGCGCUGUCCAAACCUGGAGGAGGGCCAACUGUGAAAUAUAGCCCUGAUCCACACACAGCAGUGGAGUAUGAUUUUAAGACGAUCCAGAACAUUGACUGUUAUAACUCAGAUUUCUGUGUGAAAGUGCGACACGGCAUGCGAUACUGGAACAUGACUGUGCAGUGGUGGCUUCAUAACUACAUCUACCCCAAUGCCCCUUUCAGAGCAUAUGCUCUCAGGGCUGGAUGGACUAUGUUAAUAAGUGCUUACUGGCACGGCCUCCAUCCUGGUUACUACCUCUCCUUUCUCACCAUCCCACUCUGCAUCGCAGCGGAAUCGGCCAUGGAGGCCUCUGUCAGGGCCCGUUUGGGGCCCACAGGCCAGAAUAUCUUUGACUGGGUCCACUGGUUCCUCAAGAUGAGGGCUUACGACUACAUGUGUAUGGGGUUUGUUCUCCUGAAGGCUAGUGACACCAUCAACUAUUGGAGUUCCAUAUAUUUUAUUAUUCACAUCAUCGCAUUUGUUUGUAUAGGAGUAGGACAAAUGAUGAAAGGGGGUAAAAAGAAAGAAAGGAGGGAAGAAAGUGAGGGAGAUAAAAAUGUGAAGAAAGAGGAUGUGGUGAGAGAGAAGGCUGAGUGAUAUGAAUGUGUAUAAGAUUGUGCUGAAAGAUGGAGAGGUGGUAUGUUUACAAAAAAAGGAAAAACAAACAUGGUAAUAGCAAUCAACUGCCAGUUAGAUAUUGUUUCAGCUUUUUAAAAUGAUGAAAAUGUAAAGUAUUUUUUCCCUGUUGUUUUUGUAACAAAAACAAAAGAGUAAUAGAAUGAUAUCAACACAAGUACACCAAUCUUUUUUUUUUCUAACAGUGAAAAUGUUUCAGUCUUCAGUGAAUUUGGUCCGGUAAAUAAAUGCUUAGUAAAUACAUUGAAGUCAAAACAGCUAUACGUGCACAUUCCAAACUCUCGUCUCUGGUGUUUUUGUGUUCUUUAAUGAAUGAUUUGACAUAUUUUAAAAAUGUCUCCUUUGUGUUUGCUACUGAAAAGCCAUGUAUAAUAACCAUAUAGAUUAAUCCUGACCAGGUCAGUUAUGUUUAAAUUAUACUCUUUUUCUAAAUUGCUUUGAUUUAUUGAAGAGAGAUUUGUAUUAUAUGUUAAUCUUGGUGCUCUUUUGAACAGUGGGCCUGGGACUAGAUUUCAUCUCUCCCACAGAGUACUUCAAACUGAAUAUGUCCAUUUACAAAAAAGACCCUCUAAUAAAUGUUACACACGUAUCAAUAGUUUUAGCACAAAUGUAUGGAGCUGUAUGAUCUAAUGGUGUCAUUGACAUAAUGCAACUUUGGAACAACAACAAAAGCACUGAAAGAAAAAUAUAUGGGAUUUGAAAAGUUAGUUUGCCUUGUUUUUCAUACAUUCUGAUGGGUGAAAUGAGUAUUCAUUAAUGGGUUGUGGUCAUAUGAAGAAUUCAGAUAACUCUGAUACUGUACAAAGAAUGUGAAAGUGGUUGGGAACAUUCAGCUGUUUUCUCUCUCUUUUUCAGACAUAGGAAGCCGGAGAGAAUGUCUUGCUCUUUUUAAUAACAUUUGUUGUUUGGUAGUAUGCACAUGAUGUAAAUUACACUUUAAUUUAAAGUGUUGCUAAUACUGUUUGUGCUUUAUAGGUGAGCAUUUUUCACCCAUUGUACGUUAUUCUGUGUUGAUAUUGAAUAUCUUGCACCUCUCCACAUUGCUGCCUCUGAAAACGUUUUAAAUAAUAAGACAGACUUUUUUAAAGCAAUCCUUCACUUCUAAAUGUGCGUACACACUGCCAGCGACUUUAUCGCUGCAGGUCGCCGGUGGCUGGCGGUGAAGUCGCUAGUGGGUGUUCCCACUACUGGUUGCCUAGUAACGUUUAUAAAUGACAUUCACGGAUGCCACUCCAUUGCUGUUGACAGCGAAUCUCUUUUCUUGCCACUAAAAACAAACAUUUUGGAGGGAAAAGACUAAAUAUAAAUGGAAUCAGUACAUAAAAUGCUUUAUAUCAAAGAUGAAUGAGAAACAAGGCGUGCUGUUUGGCAUAGCGGCUGUUUAUCUGCGGCGAAAAUGCAAAUGCCGGUCUGUCUGGGUCCAUAAAAUCCCCGCGAUCUCAGAUAGCUACACCUUUCCACGCAGUAUUUUUCUUAAAAAUGUCCUUGUACGUGGGAAGAGACAUAUAAAGCACUGGAAAAUUUCUAACAGCAAGAAUUAGAAAGGUGGAUGAAAGGCUAAUUCUUGCUGUUAGAAAUUUUAUUACAACAGGGGAGCAUCUCUAAAACGCACCACAACAACAACGAAAAUAAAAAAAAAUAAGUUCUCCUCUGUUCUAAUUCUGGUUCUGUUCACUCUACCUCUCUUUGAAAAUUCUAAUUUUAUUCCACUAGGUUGGCAUAAAGCACUGGAUUAUUUGUUAUUUUUUUCUUUCACAUUCCAACACCAUAUACAGAUCUGAAAUAUAGGUGGCACCAUAGACAUUCAGUCAAUUUUUUUAGUUCAAGCACCACUCUUGUUGUUUCAUUGAAUAUCUUAGCCUCUGAGUGACUAGAAGCACAAUCUAGAUGUCAUUAGAAAGCUAAGAUCCUCCCCUUUGCAAUGACAUAUAAAAGUUUAUAAGCAAUAUUCGAAAAAAGAUUUUAUGAUGAUUUUGUUUUUGCAUGCUUUUCCUUCUGUGUGGCAUAUUUUGUUCUGGACAUCUACGAUAUAACAUUCGAUUAUUCAGCCAAGCAAGCUCACUGACAAAUAAAGAAUUAUUUAGAAAGGUAAAAGCAGGUAUAAUGUUGGUGGCUGCUUGGGGUUAUAUGCUGUGGUGUAGUUAACUGUAUAUUCACAUGCCUGAAAGUGAGAGCUUUCAUUUGAUAUAUUGUCCAUUAAGGUAUGUGAAGGACUUUUAUUUGCAUUUAAUUAUUUCUACCCCGUUGCCUGUAGAGGGUGCAGAUUUUCAACACAAAUGAUUGGAGGCCAUAUUUUGUUAUUUUAAGUAACAGAAACGCAGGUGGUUAUCUCUGAAAGUUCAGAUACCUUUACAACUUAGUACACUUGACAUUGCGUUUAUUAACACUUAUGGGGAGUGCCUUCUUACAUUACAUAGUUGAAACCACUCUACAAUAACGACAAUAAUCUAACCCCACAGCACCUCGUGUUGGGUAUUCUUACAAAGCAAUUGUAUAUUGUGUAUUUUAUACUGUGUGAUAUAUAAAUAAAUAUGUUUAUAUUUAUAUCUAAAAGUUUCA